CAGGGUUGCGACGAGUGUCCUGUUAAGAUGACGUCACCAGCGAUGGUUUAGCCAACGAAUAGUUAGUGCUCGUUGUGGUUUGUGAGUGUUGCCGUUGCCGACUCCCGGGCCGUGACACCGAGCUACCGGGCCGUGACACCGAGCUACCGACUCCCGGGCCGUGACACCGAGAGCUACCAUGGCCAUGCGGCAGACGCCCCUCACCUGCUCCGGUCACACUCGGCCGGUUGUGGAUUUGGCCUUUAGCCGCAUCACCCCGUACGGUUACUUCCUCAUCAGCGCCUGUAAAGAUGGCAAACCGAUGCUGCGGCAGGGAGACACCGGCGACUGGAUCGGCACCUUCUUGGGUCACAAAGGUGCUGUCUGGGGAGCCACCCUUAAUAAAGAUGCCACGAAAGCCGCCACAGCCGCGGCAGACUUCACUGCUAAGUUAUGGGACGCGGUCACCGGAGACGAGCUGCUGACCCUGGCGCACAAACACAUUGUGAAGAGUGUUGACUUUACAGAGGAUAGCGUGAAUCUGCUGACUGCCGGUCAGGACAAACUGCUGCGCAUCUAUGACUUGAAUAAGCCAGAAGCCGGUGAGUAUACGUGAGAAGCGCUUGUGCUGUGCACAUUUUAUGUGGUGCGUUCAGUCUUGCUAGACCCAUGACAAUUUUGUAGACUGAGAGAUCCCUCUGUAAAAGGGAAUUAUACACAUAAAAAAUAUGGGCUAUUUUAAAUAAAGCAUAAAAAGAAAA